AGCCAUAAUGACUGUUACUACUCCCAGUGUAAAUCAGUUUCUCGGCGCACAGAGACAUCAGCGUUCGCUUGAGAACGUACGCAGGGAAUUUAAACCUUCUGUACUCAAACACACAAUAAUCUUCUUUUAAUAACCAUAUUUUAAUCAUGUGUCAACAACGUAGCACACAAUAGGAGGAAGUUUGUUUGCUGUCGGCGGACAUUUCUCGCACUUUUCGCGGGACCAUGGCGCUGGAGCUGGUGGGCAAGCGCUGCCUGUGCGCGAGCGGCGGAGGGUCUCUGGAGCUCGCGAGCAUCUCGCGCUGGGACUGGAGAUCCGGAGUCAUCUGCGCGACCUCUGACACGCCUGCUCUGCUGACGGUGUGUGUGCACUGGGACGGCGAGCAGAGCGCGGAGAGGAAGUGGAGGAGACUUCGAGAGGAAUGUGAGGUGGUUUUGUUGGAGCAGGAACUGGUCUGGGCCGCCAGAAGAACCGGCUCAAGCGGCAGCGGCAGCGCCCAGGAGAAGAGGAGACUGCAACCCGCCCUGAGAUUCCAGCCUCUGAUUGGUCAGUCAUGCGUGGGAGGCUUGUCGGUGGUGGAGUUCAUCUCUGACAGACAGCUGGAGUUCUACACAGAAAAGGAGGAGCUCCAGCCAUUCGAGGAUGAAGUGGGCGAUGGAAAUCCAGCUGUGAGGGAUGAUCCGUCUCUACAGGAACAGGUUCAGGCCUGGCUCAAACAGAACCAAUUCCAGAACAUUCUUCAGAAAGGUGCUUGUUCUCUAAAGGGCCUUAGAGUGAAAGUGUUCAGACAGGAGUCCAAAACUCAGUGGCUGUCUGGAGUCAUCACACACCACGACCAGAACAACAGAACUGUAGCUGUCAUGGCUGACCAGGUUCGAGAGAUUGUGAAUGUAGAUCCUUCGCUGGUUCAGAUGGUGUUACUAGAUGAUAUCACCCACUCCUCGCUAAUGGAAGACCACUCAAAACGCAAAUCACAUAUCACCAAGAUCAAUAGGAUUUUUCUUGGCACAGAAAGCAUAUCAAACAACACUACAACAAAUGACCAGGUGUGUAGCUCCAGGCCAGUGCAGCAGCAGUCUGCACCGAGCGCACAAAACUGCAGCAUGGAAGAGGAUGAAAAAGAAGGGAUGAGGGACGAAAAGAGGAGUGAUGAUGGAAGAGAUUCUUCUAAAUCUAAAAACGGCAAUGGUGAGAGGAAACGGAGGAAAGAAGACGAGGGGAAAGAUGACAAGCAGAGAAAGAGAUUGAAGAGGUUGAAAGCGGGGAGUUUGUCCGAACAGUCUGAGAACAGCGAUUCUGAAAAUUCCAGCUGCAGAGUGCAGGAUUCAUCCUCGGAUUCAGGAUCAAAGAAACAGCUGAAACAGCGUUACACUUCAAAGAGGACAUUGGACUGUGAGGUUCACCCCUCACAUAAAGGUGGGGAACCUUCUCCCAGCCAAGUAGGAGAUAGUGAGACUCAGAAAUUGAGAAAAACUCCUCCAUCCGAUGCUAGUGCUUCCUGCAAUGGGGCAUUUAGUAACACAGAGGCGCAGGAGUGUGCUGCCGGUGUUAGUGUUGGAAAAUCAGAUGAGAAAGGUGAUGGGGGAAUGACAGAAAUAGUGGACCGGAGUGAGGGGGCGUCUCUAGAGGACUCAGAGGCUGUGUCUGCACUGCUGGCAUCCCAAGAGAGUGAGCAGCUGGUCUCCAUUGAAACCACAUGUGUGUUGCUACAUGCAUCACCUCAGGAGUGUGAAGGAGCGGACGGUGAGCAUGAGAUGUCGACAAAUGAUCCAGAGGUCAAAAGGCCAGAGUUCACCGACGCUGAGGCUAGGGGGUCAGACUUUAACCAAUCAGAGGUCAGGUCGUCAGAAUUUCCUCAAUCUGUGGCCAUUACCACCAGCAAUAACACUGCAGUCACAGUAGAAGAGGAGCCAAGAGUAGCACCUUCUCGGUCUCCUGUCAAACCUUGCAGCAAAAAGGAGGAUGUGGACUCUAAACAAAGAUGUUCCCCAGAAUAUGGACCUGUGAUUUCUUUGGAGGCAACCCACAAGCAUAGUGUGCAGGCUAGUCCUUGCUCCUCUCCCGAGAUCAUAUCUAAAGCUCAGACUGUAUGGGAGAUGUCCAGACAGAAGCAGGGUGCGUCUCUAGAGAUGGGACUGUUGAAAGAGGACACUCCUCGGCCUAAAUCGAUGGACAGAACGCUUAGCUGCCUUAAAAUGGCACCCAAUCCGAAAGUGACCUGCUCCACAACUCCUUCUCCAUCCCCAAACCAAUCCAGAACCCCUACACUUUCUCCUCCCGGUACGCCUAAUUGCACUCCCACUCCAGACAAGUCCACCAAAAGUCCCCUCAUUGUGGACAGAAAGGAUCCCUUCACUAUAUACAGAGACCCUGCGAUGGUCAGGGCGGAGCUUGAGGCCCACCCCACCUACAUCCAGCCCCCUCACACUCCCCCAAACCCCAAACACCACCUAAAGACGCCAUCUCCCUCCUCCAGCUCACCCAGCCUUACCCCUGCUUCCUCCCACAGCAAGUUACUGAGUCCCUCCCCUCAUCUCUCGCCCAUUCCCCUCCACUCCCAGCCUCCCCUUUGCUCCCUGAGUACACCCCACUCAACCAUCCCUCACCCGCACCUCCUUCCAUCCCUCCUGCAUGCACUGCCCCCAUCUGCCGCAAUCUUGGCUGGACAUCCUCGUAUCGGAUCCCUGGGACUUCCUCACCAUCCUUUAGCCCUUCCGGGUAACUCAUCUCUUCUGGGCCAGACCACUGGUGCAGCUUCUUUGGCACAUCUUGGCCUCUAUCCCCUCUUGUGGCCUCCUUUCCCCAAUGGAGCCCAUAGCUACCCUGGACUGGACGUGAGGAGGAAUCCCCCAAGCCCUUGGCUUUCUCAACCCAACCCUGUUACUAAUGCAGACGGUCAAGGGAUGCAACCCCCACUCCCCAUCCGACCCUCCAGUGCGGACCCUCAGAGAGCAUCUAGGAGCACUCAACAUUGCAUGCCUUCCUCCAAAACCACAGAAGAGCUGGAUAGAAGAGCCGCCACUGAGAGCACAGUCAUCCACACUCACUUCAAGUCUGAACAGGAGCGUGUCCGUGCAGCGAUGGGCAAAAAUGGGCUGACUUACUCCCCAGGUGCCCCUGAAUCACCUCCAAGUCGAAACAAACAGCCACUUGUUGUUUAUGAUCUCACAGGUGAGAGACCUAACCGCUACCAGGAAGAGAACCGGCGCAUUCUUCUGGAGAGCAGUGAGGUCGCUCCGUUCACUGCUAAACUGAGCUCGGAUAGGGAACUGCGAUACACUAGAAGUCCCACUUCUACCCUUCCUUCCAAGGAAAGGGAGAGCGAGAUGGACAGAGAGAGAGACCAGGACAGAGAGAGAAAUGUGCAUGCAUUCAGACACACUCUUCCUCCCCGGCCACAGUCGGCCCAUCCCACCCCAACCCUCACUCCGAGCAGCUACUACUCUUUGCCAGCUAGCAAAGAACUCUACGAGAGGCUCAGUGCCAGCAACACGGCUGCCCCUGUCUUAACUUCUUCCAGCUCACAGGUCUCAAUGAGAGCCAGACCCCCGCCUCUCAUUAAACGCCACCACGAGAAAGAAGAAGGUCUCCUGGGAAAGAUCACAGAGCAACUUGCACAUAAAGCAUCUUCCAUGAUGGCAUUAGAGGUAGCGACUGUGGAGAGAAGGGGGCAAGGCUCUUCUCUCAUUUCUGUCUCCUCUAGUCCCCGCAGCGUGCCUUUACUCCACCGUGCCCCAAUUUUCCACCCUCCGGCACCAAACCUUCUAGUUUCUAAAGACUCUGGACAUGGCAGAUUGUCCCCGCCUACUCUCACACCCAUUCAGCCAAUGAGCUUGUCUGGAAAAGGUCAGAAGCAACAGAGGCCACCCACCCUGUUACCCGAGCUCAAACAUGUCAGACCCGUGCCAGAGAAAGCAACGUCAUCACAAACCUGGGAUACCCAAUGGGGUGGAGUCAUGUUUGACAGAGAGAAAGUAGGUGGUGGGCACACAACAAAUGGAGGUGUAGUCAAACCAAAGUCGGCCACUGCGUCAGUCAUUGUACAUACGACAAGUCACACACAUACCACAAUAAAUUACUCAGUGUCUGACAGCUCAGUUUCCCGGAUGCAGUGCGGCCACAUAAAGCCAUUGGAAAGUGUGUCCAACCCACACUCUAAGGAGGGCAGUGUUCAGUAUAAAAGAGGUGUCCUGUGGACCCCUAUGGAUACUGUUCACCCCAUCAACAUGACGACCCAAAAGGGAGACCUCAGCACACCCAUAAACAUGACAACUAAACCUAUUAACACAGCUCAACCGACACACCCCUUAACAAAUAUGAGUGCCACAUGCUCUAGGAUAGACCUAAUCGCAGAACACUGCAAGAGGAGAGACGGUGGAGCCGGUCAAAUAAAGAUGGAGCCAUCUCCCACCUCUUGUUGCACUUCUAGAGAAUUCCCUCAUCUGAAGAAACACAGAGCUGGACUAGCCACUGCUGAAUCUAGACUUAACACGCAUACAAUUCAGCCUCAACACACUACACAUCCUUCAGAUGCUUUGAAACACACCUCUUACCUCUCAAAUAGUAGGAAUGGGACUUACACUACACUCGCUACACAUACUGUGUGUUCUACACAUGCACAGUCUGUAUUCAACGCUAGCACUUCUGAAUGUCUCCGACUGGCAUCAGGGACUUCUAGCCCUAUAGCAACAACCACACAAGGUUUGCUAUCCAAUGAGCAGAUACCCGCCUUCGCCGUAACAAACCAGUCAACUCAAUUCAGUCAGAACAACUGCCAUAAACUGAAAAAAGCCUGGCUGACCCGCCAUUCUGAGCAAGAUAGAGAAAGUACGGCCUCCCAAACACUAGAUGGCACUAAGACAGCUGUAACUUUGACCAGCACAAGCUCCUCUGUGCCAAUCAAACAGGAAGUGAAUGGACUGGUGGAUAAUUGGUGCACUCAGGAGGACAAAGAGUCCUCCUUAGACAGCAGAAAGUCCAAAAUAAUAGACAAGAAGUCUAGUUUAGAGGACAGGAAGUCUAAUAGUAGUGCUACAAGUUUCAAUUCAGAGGACAAAAAAUCGGUCAAAGCCACUGAGAAACCAGUGACCGCGGGCAAGAAGUCUUCCUCGGAUGAUGUUAAACCUCUCUUGGACAGAAAUGGAAAGCUGGAAAGUAAGGAAGCCUUUGUGGAGGACAAGAAACCUAAUGAAAGACGAUCAACCUCUCUACAGAAACAAGGCGAGAAACGGCCGUUAGAGUCCAGCGGCGACAGCGAAAGUGGAGGAGACUCCGGCAAUGAGAGUGAGAGUGGUGGGUCAGGACAGAGGUUUAAACGGCAGUCCAAGUCCUCUUUUAAAAUAAAGCCGAAUGACAGCCAGAAGAAGAAAGUAGACAAGGAAGAAGAGGAAGAGGCCAAACCCAAUGGAACUCUGCAAAGUGCGAAGGAUAAGCCUCAACAGAGGCUCGCAAACAGCAAUGGCAUCCCUCGCUCUGUGCUGAAGGACUGGAGAAAGGUGAGAAAGCUCAAGCAAACUGGAGAAACUUUCUUGCAAGACGACUCCUGUUCAGAGGUCGGCCCCAACGUGCAGAAGUGCCGAGAGUGUCGCUUGGAUCGCUCUCGUAAAUCUCACGAGCCUGCCAUCUCACCCGUCUUCUGCCGAUUUUACUACUUCCGACGUCUGUCGUUCAGUAGGAAUGGCGUUGUCCGUGCGGAUGGGUUUUCGGUGUCUGAGCAGACAGAUGAGGAGGCGGUUACCGUGUGGACGAGGAGCUCAGAAGAUGCCGAGGACAAAAAGAGGAAAGAGAUGGACCUUGAAAUGUCAAAAACUGUCCUCACGUUCAUCGGAGACAAGUUCUGUCAGCUCAUAAAGACAGAGGACAUUGCUUUCACCUGGGUCAAGAAAGACACUCAGAUCAUGUGGAAGCGAGCGGUGAGAGGUGUGAGGGAGAUGUGUGAUGCGUGUGAGGCCACUCUCUUCAACAUGCACUGGGCAUGUCACAAAUGUGGCUUCGUGGUUUGCAUGGACUGCUACAAAGCCAGGGAGGAGAAGAAACCCAAAGAUAAGGAGAUGUAUGUCUGGGUCCGAUGCGUGAAAAACCAGCCUCAUGACCUGAAGAACCUAAUGCCUACACAGAUUAUACCUGAAACGGUGUUGAUGGACAUGCUGAGCUCAAUGCACUUGAUGAAAGAAAAGUUUGGAAUCUCAUCCCAUUGUCCCAACAAAUCCCUCAACCCCAGCAUGGCCACUACCAACGGACUCUCACUACUUUCAGACAGAGAUAAGAGUGACUUGAAGAGCCGGCAGAUCCCAGAUCAGCAGAAGAACUCGCAGCUGAGAGCACACACUGAGAGAAGAGAGAAGGCCGAGUGUGACGGUAUGGAAGCUCACAGUAGGAAGUCCAUGAGCUCCGAACAAGGAUCAACAUUGCGUGACCUUUUGACCUCCACAGCUGGGAAGCUACGUCUUGGGUCCGCUGGAGGUGCCUUUGCGCCGGUUUUCAACUUGUCGGAACAGGUAACCCAGAACACUCGCAUGCCCAACAUCCUGGAUGACAUCAUUGCUUCUGUGGUAGAAAAUAAGAUUCCCGCUACAAAGAUGACCAGAACGGGGCUGAAUCAGGAUUUGAUGCCAGAGGAGGAGAUGGGGCAGCGACCAGAGGGGGUGAAGCUUGAUGAAAGCCCAUUGGCUGAUGCCCAUACUGCUGUCCCUCACGAUUGGCUAGGAAACCACCGGCUGCUUUGGCUCAAAAAUCACCUUCACCAGGGCAACCAAAUACUGUUCAAAGAGAACUGGACACAAGAGCAGCCGGUGCUGGUGUCCGGAUUGCACAAAAGUCUGAAUGCUAAUCUGUGGAAACCUGAACACUUCAGUCAUGAGUUCUCCAGCCUCCACAGUGACCUCUACAAUUGCAGAGACGGGAGCGUCACGAACUCCAAGGUCAAGGAGUUCUGGGAUGGUUUUGAAGAUGUGUCGAAGAGGCCUAAAUCUGCUAAAGGAGAGUCAGUGGUGUAUAGACUGAAAGACUGGCCAUCGGGGGAGGAGUUUUUGGCACUCAUGCCUGCCAGAUAUCAUGACGUGAUGAAGUCUUUGCCAGUACCAGAGUACACAGACCCAGAGGCUCAUCUGAACCUGGCCUCUCAUCUGCCCUCCUUCUUCAUUCGACCCGACCUUGGUCCUCGCCUUUGCUGCGCCCACGGUAUAACAGCAUGUCCAGAACAAGAUUUCGGGACCAGUAAUCUACAUGUUGAAAUCUCAGACACCAUGAGUAUUCUGGUAUAUGUCGGGGUGGCCAAAGGAAACGGAGCCCCAUCCAAAGCAGGUGUAUUGAAGCUAUUGGAGGGGGAAUUUCUGGACGAGAGUGUAAAGAAACGACUAAAAGACCCUAAUGAGAUGCCAGGUGCUCUGUGGCACAUCUACAUGAGUAAAGACCUACAAAAGAUCCAGGAGUUCCUACAAAAGGUUGCUGCUGAGCAGCAGACUGAAGCAGAUCCCGGGACAGACUCGGACUCGGAGUGGGACGGUGAUGCCGACCCCCUGCGUGAGGGAGGCUGGUAUCUGAGCCCCAGGCUGAGACAGAAGUUACAGGAGGAAUACGGCGUAGAGAGUCGCACACUCCUCCAGUUCCAUGGAGAUGCUGUUAUUAUCCCUGCUGGAGCUCUGCACCAGGUGAUGAAUCUGCACAGUUGCAUCCAAGUGAAUGUAGACUUUGUGUCUCCUGAACACGCACACAACUCCUAUUAUCUAACUCAAGAGCUCCGCCCUCUCAAGGACCAAGUGAACUAUGAAGACAAACUCCAGGUGAAGAACAUCUUUUAUCACUCUGUGAAGGAUGCUGUGGCCACAUUGAGGAAGCAUUUAAAGGAGAAGGACACAGACGAGGUAAAACAGGAGGAGUCCUGACAAUGCAUCUCCUCCUCUGUCCAAACCCUUGGAGCAUAAAGACAAUACCAAGAUUCUCCAAGAAAGGAAACCUGUGCUAAGACUUGAUUUCAACAAAAUGGGCCAAUCUGAUUUCCUCUAUGAUGUCCCUUUCUUCUCUUUGAUUUUAUUCUCAUUGUUUGACCUUCCCUGCUGUGUCUUCUUGCAUGGACAAAGAAGUGAGGUAAGCAAACAAGAUUUGCUCUCCAGACAGGUGCAAUGAGCUUUAAAGCCCACUCGCCGCACAUGCUGAAGGCCCUGGAAAACAAUUAGGAAGAAAAACACUGGCAAAUACAUGUUUUUCCAAAAGUGAUAACGAUCCGUUACAUGUUCUUCAUCAGUAGUGUGUUCACCAUGCUGUGUUUUGGACGGUUGGAGAGUGCAGAGAUCCUAACGCAAUCGUUGCAGUAUCCCAUCACAUCAGCAGCUGCCAAACUGACAGGUUUGAUUAUGUUUCAACAACAUUAAAUUAUUUACAGUUUGGCAAAUAUUCACUGUGCAGAAGGAGAAUAUUAAAGAAGUUGCAGUUUAUUCUG